AUUCGCGAAUCGGUCGACCCUAUCAACAACAACAAUUUAACGCGAUUUGUGGACUUUGUUUGUACUACUUAAGUGAUUUUGGUUUUUACGUUUAAACAGUCGUAGUCAAAGGACUAUGUGUUUGGUUUGAAUUCUAACCGCAGCGCUGUGUGUCUCAUGUUAAGGGAAUCAUGUGUUCGGUCAGGUUUAUGUUCAUGUAUGUGGAUGAGUCUGUGGAUGUGUUUUACGCAGAUGGGAGCAGAUUGCAGCUCUCACCCUGCGGAUCUGAGUUCAUGAUAGAGAAACACAUGUCACCCUCUGCACACCCGCUACAGCCCAAAGAGAGAGUCAGACAGAGAACAAGAUUCGCCAUCAGCGAGUAUAAGACACUGGUACUGAAUGCUUUGGAGUUCAGAAACAAGUAUGCAACUCAUCCAUACUUGCCUGAGGAGCUCAUAACUGUGGAAUUCAACAAGACAUUUACCAGUGCUAUAACUGAAGUGGAGUGGCCCGGGUCUGACUUCUGCACCGCCGGGCCGCAUGGAGAGAUCACAGUCUGCUCUGUAGAUGGACAUGCCAAACUCGUCCUUUCUUCUUCUGGAGAAGAGUUCACAGUGGAGUUUAUCUGUCGCUCCAGCCAAAAUGAAGUGGAGUCACAGUAUCUAAACUUUCAAGGUCACCAACACAAAAGCACAUGUUUGUUAUGUAGCUUGUCAUCACAGUCUGCCACGGUUAAGGGUUUAAACCUCUCUGAAGCCUCAGCGGGUGCUCGGAUGGACCAUCCUGGGUCAAUCGUAAAACCAUCCAAUAUGGAAAGACUGGAAUCAGCAUGCUUGAAGUCUGGGAAGGUGGACGUGUACACCAGAGUGAUCCAGCAGUACUCCCGAGCACUUUACCCACAGAUGUGGAGCUAUCCUCUAUCAUUAGCAUUCAAGCAUUGGGAAUCACAAAAAAGUAAAAUAAAUACUGUCAAUGGACAAGAUAGAAAAGGUUCAACAGAGCCCCAAACAGGGCUGAAAACAAAGCUUCCCAAACCUUUGCCUUUAAAAUGUCCGUCUCCUCAUCAGCACAGGUGGCGUUAUGACACUGUAAAUCCUGAUUUGCUAGACCAGGAAGAGGAAGUCACAGCUGAGCUGGUGAAAGUGGUCUGGUGCAAAGACAUCAUAUACCGUAUAGUAGAUGGAGUGAUUCCGAUGGUAGAGAUCUCACCUGGUGAUGGUUCAGUCAUCAGAUCUAAUGGAGUUCUAGCCAAUUACUUCACACAUUACAAAGCUGGAGCUGCUCACAGAGAUGUGGUGGAGUGUGUUUACUACCUGUGUGGGCUCCCACCUGACGUAUCGGGUCAGCUGUAUUCCAUCCAAUCUGUUGUCACACGGGCCAGCAGGAUUCUGAAAUGCUUCAUCCAGGCCAGAAGCUCUCUUAGGUCCCCGCUUUCUAAUUACUGCUGGAAUGAGCAGGCUGCAGUGUGUGAUUGUGUGCGUGUGGUUCAGGAGGUGACCGUGGCAGGUACAGGAUAUUUUAAAGCUCUCUCAGAUGGGACUGUCGAGGUCUUGUUUUUGGACGGAGUUAGAGCGCAGAUGAUGUGGAAGUCUGACACUUAUACACCUGCACAAGUACAUCACUGUGGAGAAAUGGAGCAGAGACUCAAGACAGAAACUCACAGGUGGUGCCAGCUCAAUUUGCCAGAUGGGCACCAAACUUUUGUCCAAGUUGAGACAGACCAAACUUAUCAAAGGUAUGUGUCGGCAGUAGUGCAGUGGUGUGACUGGGUAAAACAGACAGAUCAGAGCAUGAGUGCAGUGGGUGUGGCUUUCUCCGACUCCGCCCAUUCUGACACACCACAGCCAAUAACAUGCAGGUCUGUUGUUUCUGAACUGGAAAAGAUCAAGAGGUUUAACUUUUUGUUGGAGAACAGCCCCGUCCUGCGUCAUACAGAAAGAUCUGUGAGCUGUGAGCAUUCGUCUGUCCAGCCUGAGAUCAAACUCACAGAGAAAUGCAUCUUCGAAGCUCUGGAGAAAACCUCCAAAGCCAUACAGGACAUUGACACACUCUUAUCAGACAGAACGUAGGAUUGUAUAC